AAUUCCUGUGGAGAAGGGAAUGGCUAUGGCUAACAAGUGGUUGCAAUGGCUGAGCCUGUCUGCCAUUGUAGCUGCUUGGUACAGUGAGGCACACUCUGCUGUGAAUAUAUUCCACAUUUCUGAAACAGGUGUGAGUCCUGCCCACAACGGCCAGGUUUGCAGCACAUGGGGCAACUUCCACUACAAGACCUUUGAUGGGGAUAUUUUCCAGUUGCACUCCACCUGCAACUACAUCCUGACCUCCUCAUGCCACAGUACUUACAAUGACUUCAACAUCCAGAUAAGAAGACAAGAAGCUGGUGGUUCUUCUACCAUCAAAAACAUCAUUUUGAACCUACAGGGUUCAGUAGUGGAACUGUCAAAGGGCUCAGUGACCAUUGACGGCGAACUAGCCAUCCUUCCAGUCAGUCGAGCAGGAGUGCUCAUUGAGAAAACUUCCACUUACAUUAAAAUCAAAGCCAAGCUCGGACUGGUUGCUUUCUGGAAUGAGGAGGACUCUUUUCUGGUUGAACUAGACCAGAAGUUCAAGAACCAAACUUGUGGUCUUUGUGGAGACUUUAAUGGGGUCCAGCUUCAUGAUGAGUUCUACAGUCAUGGUGUGAAGUUAUCCCUCAGGGAUUUUGCUGACUUCUGGAAAAUGAAUGGUCCAACUGAAGCUUGCUCUGACUACACAGUGGAACCAACAAAAAGCUGUGACAACUUGAAACCAGUGUGCGAGCAGAUCCUUAUGGGGCCGGCUUUCAGCAGCUGUCACAAUCUGCUGGACAUUACCUCCUUCACUUCUGCCUGUGUUGCAGACCUGUGUCACUGUGCCAGCAGUGAAGGUGAAAAAGCAGAUCCCCUCUGCCUGUGCAAUACUGUGUCUGAAUUCUCCCGACAGUGUGUUCAUGCUGGUGGCAAGCCCCAAAAUUGGAGAACCGAAGAGCUCUGCUGGAAAUCAUGUCAGUACCAAAUGGAGUACAAGGAGUGCGGGAGCCCCUGUGCUGAUACCUGCUCAAACCCAGACGCCAGCCUUACAUGUGACAGCCACUGUAUGGAUGGAUGUUUCUGCCCCGCAGGCACGGUGUUUGAUGAUUUAAAUAGAAGGGGUUGUGUUCCACUGAGUGAAUGCUCAUGCAGCUACAACAGCAAGACCUAUGGACCUGGAGAGUCCUACUCCAGUAACUGCAAAAAAUGUGUGUGUAAUAGUGGUCAGUGGGAGUGUCAGGAGGAGGACUGUCCAGGAACAUGCUCUGUGGAGGGAGGAGCUCACAUCAAGAGCUUUGAUGGAAAAUUCUACACGUUUCAUGGGGACUGCUCUUAUGUUCUGGCUAAGGACUGCAGUGGAACCCAGUUUGUCAUACAGGGAGAACUGGUACAGUGUGGAAUGACUGAGAGUGAAACAUGCCUCAAGUCUGUCACCUUGGGUUUGUCUGGAGGGGCUAAUGUUAUUACCAUCCAGCCCAACGGCAAGGUUUAUGUGAAUGGCAUCUAUGCUGAGUUACCAUUUUCUGCCGCUGGUAUUUCCGCCUUCAGAGCUUCCUCUUACUAUCUGCUGGUGCAGACAUCUGUUGGUGCUCUGCUGGAGGUGCAGCUUGAGCCAGUCAUGCAGCUGUACAUCACAGUGACCAGCGACCACCAGGCCAACACCUGUGGUCUGUGUGGGAACUUCAACAGCAACCAAGCAGACGACUUUCUUAAGCUGAGUGGUGUUACAGAUGCCACAGCAGCUGGUUUCGCCAACAGCUGGAAGACACAUGCUGGUUGCCCUGAUGUUAAGAGCAGCUUUAAGAAUCCCUGCAGUCUCAGUGUGGAUAAUGAAAACUAUGCCCAGCACUGGUGCUCCAUGUUGACUGACCCGCAGGGAGUGUUUGCCUCCUGUCACUCUGAAAUCAGCCCUGACUCCUAUAAAGAGAAUUGCAUGUAUGACAGCUGUAACUGUGAAAAAAGUGAGGACUUCAUGUGUGCUGCAGUCUCCUCCUACAUCCACGCCUGUGCAGCUGCAGGAAUACAGAUCAGUGACUGGAGAAAGGUCAUUUGUGGAAAAUAUGCCAGUUCCUGUCCUAGCGGCAUGGUCUACUCCUACAACAUUACAUCCAGCAGUCGCACAUGCCGCUGCAUCGGCAGCACAGAUCUUAGCUGUCACUCCUUCCCACCCAUCGAUGGCUGUAUCUGUGCAGAAGGAACCUAUAUGGAUGACUCUGGGAAGUGUGUUCCAUCUGAGGCUUGUCCCUGCUAUAAUGAAGGCUCAGCAGUUCCUGCUGGUCAGGUCAUCAACAAGGAAGGAGUCAUGUGCACCUGUACGGAGGGCAGACUCAGCUGCAUUGGAGAGUUCAUUGCACAGCCAUCGUGUGCUCCACCAAUGGUGUUCUUUAACUGCUCUGCUAAUGGUCCAGCUGCAAAGGGAACUGAGUGUGAGAAGAGUUGCAGCACAUUAGACAUGGCCUGUGUGAGCACAGGGUGUGUCUCUGGCUGUAUGUGCGCAUCUGGAUUGGUAUCUGAUGGUAAUGGGGGCUGCAUCGAGCCAGGGAACUGUUCCUGUGUGCACAACGGUAUCUCCUAUCAGCCUGGAGAGACCACCAAAGUGGACUGUAACACCUGCACUUGUAAUGGCAGGACGUGGCAAUGCACCACCAACCAAUGUGAUGGAACCUGCUACGUCUAUGGUGAUGGACACUACAUGACUUUUGAUCAGAAUCGCUUCACUUUUGAUGGCAGUUGUGAAUACAUUCUCACUCAGGACUACUGCGGCAGUGCUCAGAGUAAUGGAACGUUCAGAGUGAUCACAGAGAAUGUUCCAUGUGGAACCACAGGAACCACAUGCUCCAAGACCAUCAAAAUCUUCCUCCGGAAUGCAGAACUCAUUCUGACAGACGGAAGCUAUCAGCUACUUUCAAGUGGAGCUGCAGAAGCUGCUCCAUUUCAGUACAGCACUAUGGGCAAUUACUUGGUAGUUGAAGCAAACAACGGUCUCAUUCUCAUGUGGGACAAAAAAACCACCUUGUUCAUCAAGCUCAGCCCAAAAUAUAAGGGUCAUGUAUGCGGCCUGUGUGGCAACUAUGAUGGCAGUGCAAAUAAUGACCUUACUACAAGAUCCAAUGCAGUGGUUGUCAACCCCCUGGUAUUUGGGAACAGCUGGAAGGAUUUAUCAAGCUGCCCCAAUGCUCAGAAUAUCACCAGCCCCUGCACCAGCAACCCAUACAGACAGUCAUGGGCUCAGAAACAAUGCAGCAUCAUACAGAGUGACGUCUUCUCCGCCUGCCACUCAAGUGUGGAUCCUGUUCCAUACUACGACGCAUGUGUAUUUGACUCAUGUGCUUGUGACACUGGUGGAGACUGUGAGUGUUUCUGCACUGCUGUGGCUGCUUACGCUGAAUCCUGUAAUCAAGCUGGCGUCUGUGUACAAUGGAGAACCCCUAACAUCUGCCCUGUCUUCUGUGAUUAUUACAAUCCCCCUGACGAAUGUGAGUGGCACUACAUGCCAUGUGGCUCUCCAUGUAUGAAAACCUGCAGAAACCCCUCAAGCAACUGUUCAACACAAAUACCUCCUCUCGAAGGUUGCUAUCCGAAAUGUCCUCCUGCUGUGCCAUACUUUGAUGAGGAUACAAUGACAUGUGUUUCAAAAGAACAGUGCGGCUGUUACAAUACAGAGGGGAUACAUUACAAUAACGGUGACAAAGUACCAGCAACUGAGAACUGUUAUACAUGUGUGUGCAAUUCAACGACGCUCCAGUGUCAUUAUGAUGCAGAAGCCUGCAUUUGUACAUAUAAUGGAAAGAAAUAUCCGACUGGCAGUACGCUCGACAAUAUGACAGAUGGAAAUGGUAACUGCAUCACAGCAGUGUGUGGGAUUAAUGGUACCAUUAUCAAACUGCCAUACUCAUGCACAACAACAACAGUGACAACAAGGAUUACCACUCAGCCAACUACAACAACUACUAUAACCGCAACACCUACUACAACAACUACUCAGCCACCGACCACAACUACUAUAACCACAACACCUACUACAACUCAGCCACCUACAACAACUGCUACAACCACAACACCUACAACAACAACUCAGCCACCUACAACAACUCCUACAACCACAACACCUACUACAACGGAAACUACAAGUACAACUCAGCCACCUACAACAACUUCUACAACCACAACACCUACAACAACAAUGACAACUCAGCCAACUACAACUUGCCCUGGAGGACAUAACGUUGUAUGUGAUUGGUCAGAUUGGAUCAAUCUGGGAAGUCCUACACCAGGACCUGAUGGUGGACAAAAUGACACCAUCCAGAAUAUAAUCUCUGCGGGUUAUCAUAUUUGCUCAUCUCCAGAAGAAGUCCAAUGCAGAGCAGCUCUUUACCCAGAACUUUCCAUGUCACAGGUGGGACAAGCUGUGACUUGCAAUAAAGAUGUGGGUCUCGUAUGCAUCAACAAACAGCAAGGGCUUAAUCAAGAGUGUUUUGAUUAUGAGAUUAAAUUCAAAUGCUGUGGGUGUCCUACAACUUCAUCUACCACAGUUACAACUACAACUCCUACAACCACAACACCUACUACAACUGAACCUAUAACUACAACUCAUCUGCCUACAACUGCUACAACUACAACACCUACAACAACAACAACUCAGCCACCUACAACAACUGCUACAACCACACCUACUACAACUGAAACUACAAGUACAACUCAGCCACCUACAACAACUCCUACAACCACAACACCUACUACAACUGAAACUAAAAGUACAACUCAUCUGCCUACAACAACUUCUACAACCACAACACCUACAACAAUGACAACUCAGCCAACUACAACUUGCCCUGGAGGACAUAACGUUGUAUGUGAUUGGUCAGAUUGGAUCAAUCUGGGAAGUCCUACACCAGGACCUGAUGGUGGACAAAAUGACACCAUCCAGAAUAUAAUCUCUGCGGGUUAUCAUAUUUGCUCAUCUCCAGAAGAAGUCCAAUGCAGAGCAGCUCUUUACCCAGAACUUUCCAUGUCACAGGUGGGACAAGCUGUGACUUGCAAUAAAGAUGUGGGUCUCAUAUGCAUCAACAAACAGCAAGGGCUUAAUCAAGAAUGUUUUGAUUAUGAGGUUAAAUUCAAAUGCUGUGGGUGUCCUACACCUACAACUUCAACUACCACAGUUACAACUUUGACUUCAUUUCCUACAAGCACAACAGUUUCAACGACAACACAAACAACUGUCACUAAGUCACCUACAACCACAACACCUCCAACUACAACUGAAACACCUUGUCAGGAAACAUCAUGCUAUUGGUCAGAAUGGAUAAAUGCAGACUACCCUGAAUAUGGACCUCUAGGUGGAGACAAUGAAACUAUCAAAUACAUUAUAAAGAAAGGAUAUGACAUCUGUGAUAAUCCAAUAGAAGUAGAAUGUCAGGCAGUGCACUAUCCAGGGAUGCCAUUAGAUAAAUUGGGACAAAAAGUAACAUGUAAUAAUCAAGUGGGUCUCCUGUGUGAGAACAGCCUACAGCAUCCUCCCAUAUGUUUAAAUUAUGAAAUUAAGGUAAAGUGUUGCAAGACAAAGCAGUGCAGCACGACAAAUGAACAUACAACCACAGCUUUGAAACACAUAACAACGACACAGGCUACACCUACUACAACAACAACUCAGCUGCCUACAACAACUGCUAUAACUACAACACCUACAACUACAACAACAACUCAGCCGCCUACAACAACUGCUACAACCACAACACCUACUACAACUGAAACAACAACAACAACUCAGCCGCCUACAACAACUUCUACAACCACAACACCUACAACAACGACAACUCAGCCAACUACAACUUGCCCGGGAGGACAUGAUGUCGUAUGUGAUUGGUCAAACUGGAUCAAUCUGGGAAGUCCUACACCAGGACCUGAUGGUGGACAAAAUGACACCAUCCAGAAUAUAAUCUCUGCGGGUUAUCAUAUUUGCUCAUCUCCAGAAGAAGUCCAAUGCAGAGCAGCUCUUUACCCAGAACUUUCCAUGUCACAGGUGGGACAAGCUGUGACUUGCAAUAAAGAUGUGGGUCUCGUAUGCAUCAACAAACAGCAAGGGCUUAAUCAAGAGUGUUUUGAUUAUGAGAUUAAAUUCAAAUGCUGUGGGUGUCCUACAACGUCAUCUACCACAGUUACAACUACAACGCUGACAACCACAACACCUACUACAACUGAACCUACAAGUACAACUCAUCUACCUACAACAACUGCUACAACCACAACACCUACAACAACAACAACUCAGCCACCUUCAACAACUCCUACAACCACAACACCUACUACAACUGAAACUAUAAGUACAACUCAGCCACCUACAACAACUGCUACAACUACAACACCUACAACCACAAUGACAACUCAGCCAACUACAACUUGCCCUGGAGGACAUGAUGCUGUAUGUGAUUGGUCAGAUUGGAUCAAUCUGGGAAGUCCUACACCGGGACCUGAUGGUGGACAAAAUGACACCAUCCAGAAUAUAAUCUCUGCUGGUUAUCAUAUUUGCUCAUCUCCAAUAGAAGUCCAAUGCAGAGCAGCUCUUUACCCAGAACUUUCCAUGUCACAGUUGGGACAAGCUGUGACUUGCAAUAAAGAUGUGGGUCUCGUAUGCAUCAACAAACAGCAAGGGCUUAAUCAAGAGUGUUUUGAUUAUGAGAUUAAAUUCAAAUGCUGUGGGUGUCCUAGAACUUCGUCUACCACAGUUACAACUACAACUCAUGUACCUACAACAACUCCUACAACCACAACACCUACUACAACUGAACCUACAAGUACAACUCGUCUACCUACAACAACUGCUACAACCACAACACCUACUACAACUGAAACUACAAGUACAACUCAGCCACCUACAACAACUGCUACAACCACAACACCUACAACAACAAUGACAACUCAGCCAACUACAACUUGCCCUGGAGGACAUAACGUUGUAUGUGAUUGGUCAGAUUGGAUCAAUCUGGGAAGUCCUACACCAGGACCUGAUGGUGGACAAAAUGACACCAUCCAGAAUAUAAUCUCUGCUGGUUAUCGUAUUUGCUCAUCUCCAGAAGAAGUCCAAUGCAGAGCAGCUCUUUACCCAGAACUUUCCAUGUCACAGUUGGGACAAGCUGUGACUUGCAAUAAAGAUGUGGGUCUCAUAUGCAUCAACAAACAGCAAGGGCUUAAUCAAGAAUGUUUUGAUUAUGAGAUUAAAUUCAAAUGCUGUGGGUGUCCUAGAACUUCAUCUACCACAGUUACAACUACAACUCACGUACCUACAACUACUCCUACAACCACAACACCUACUACAACUGAACCUACAAGUACAACUCAUCUGCCUACAACAACUGCUACAACCACAACACCUACAACUACAACAACUCAGCCACCUACAACAACUGCUACAACUACAACACCUACAACUACAACAACUCAGCCGCCUACAACAACUGCUACAACUACAACACCUACAACAACACCAACUGAGCCAGUUACAACAACUUCUACAACCACAACACCUACAACAACAACAACUCAGCCACCUUCAACAACUGCUACAACUACACGACCUACAACAACAAUGACAGCUCAGCCAACUACAAUUUGCCCUGGAGGACAUGAUGUCGUAUGUGAUUGGUCAAACUGGAUCAAUCUGGGAAGUCCUACACCAGGACCUGAUGGGGGACAAAAUGACACCAUCCAGAAUAUAAUCUCUGCUGGUUAUCAUAUUUGCUCAUCUCCAGAAGAAGUCCAAUGCAGAGCAGCUCUUUACCCAGAACUUUCCAUGUCACAGUUGGGACAAGCAGUGACUUGCAAUAAAGAUGUGGGUCUCAUAUGCAUCAACAAACAGCAAGGGCUUAAUCAAGAAUGUUUUGAUUAUGAGAUUAAAUUCAAAUGCUGUGGGUGUCCUAGAACUUCAUCUACCACAGUUACAACUACAACUCACGUACCUACAACUACUCCUACAACCACAACACCUACUACAACUGAAACUACAAGUACAACUCAGCCACCUACAACAACUCCUACAACCACAACACCUACUACAACUGAAACUAAAAGUACAACUCAUCUGCCUACAACAACUUCUACAACCACAACACCUACAACAAUGACAACUCAGCCAACUACAACUUGCCCUGGAGGACAUAACGUUGUAUGUGAUUGGUCAGAUUGGAUCAAUCUGGGAAGUCCUACACCAGGACCUGAUGGUGGACAAAAUGACACCAUCCAGAAUAUAAUCUCUGCGGGUUAUCAUAUUUGCUCAUCUCCAGAAGAAGUCCAAUGCAGAGCAGCUCUUUACCCAGAACUUUCCAUGUCACAGUUGGGACAAGCUGUGACUUGCAAUAAAGAUGUGGGUCUCAUAUGCAUCAACAAACAGCAAGGGCUUAAUCAAGAAUGUUUUGAUUAUGAGAUUAAAUUCAAAUGCUGUGGGUGUCCUAGAACUUCAUCUACCACAGUUACAACUACAACUCACGUACCUACAACUACUCCUAUAACCACAACACCUACUACAACUGAACCUACAAGUACAACUCAUCUGCCUACAACAACUGCUACAACCACAACACCUACAACAACAACAACUCAGCCACCUUCAACAACUCCUACAACCACAACACCUACUACAACUGAAACUAUAAGUACAACUCAGCCACCUACAACAACUGCUACAACUACAACACCUACAACCACAAUGACAACUCAGCCAACUACAACUUGCCCUGGAGGACAUGAUGCUGUAUGUGAUUGGUCAGAUUGGAUCAAUCUGGGAAGUCCUACACCGGGACCUGAUGGUGGACAAAAUGACACCAUCCAGAAUAUAAUCUCUGCUGGUUAUCAUAUUUGCUCAUCUCCAAUAGAAGUCCAAUGCAGAGCAGCUCUUUACCCAGAACUUUCCAUGUCACAGUUGGGACAAGCUGUGACUUGCAAUAAAGAUGUGGGUCUCGUAUGCAUCAACAAACAGCAAGGGCUUAAUCAAGAGUGUUUUGAUUAUGAGAUUAAAUUCAAAUGCUGUGGGUGUCCUAGAACUUCGUCUACCACAGUUACAACUACAACUCAUGUACCUACAACAACUCCUACAACCACAACACCUACUACAACUGAACCUACAAGUACAACUCGUCUACCUACAACAACUGCUACAACCACAACACCUACUACAACUGAAACUACAAGUACAACUCAGCCACCUACAACAACUGCUACAACCACAACACCUACAACAACAAUGACAACUCAGCCAACUACAACUUGCCCUGGAGGACAUAACGUUGUAUGUGAUUGGUCAGAUUGGAUCAAUCUGGGAAGUCCUACACCAGGACCUGAUGGUGGACAAAAUGACACCAUCCAGAAUAUAAUCUCUGCUGGUUAUCGUAUUUGCUCAUCUCCAGAAGAAGUCCAAUGCAGAGCAGCUCUUUACCCAGAACUUUCCAUGUCACAGUUGGGACAAGCUGUGACUUGCAAUAAAGAUGUGGGUCUCAUAUGCAUCAACAAACAGCAAGGGCUUAAUCAAGAAUGUUUUGAUUAUGAGAUUAAAUUCAAAUGCUGUGGGUGUCCUAGAACUUCAUCUACCACAGUUACAACUACAACUCACGUACCUACAACUACUCCUACAACCACAACACCUACUACAACUGAACCUACAAGUACAACUCAUCUGCCUACAACAACUGCUACAACCACAACACCUACAACUACAACAACUCAGCCACCUACAACAACUGCUACAACUACAACACCUACAACUACAACAACUCAGCCGCCUACAACAACUGCUACAACUACAACACCUACAACAACACCAACUGAGCCAGUUACAACAACUUCUACAACCACAACACCUACAACAACAACAACUCAGCCACCUUCAACAACUGCUACAACUACACGACCUACAACAACAAUGACAGCUCAGCCAACUACAAUUUGCCCUGGAGGACAUGAUGUAGUAUGUGAUUGGUCAAACUGGAUCAAUCUGGGAAGUCCUACACCAGGACCUGAUGGGGGACAAAAUGACACCAUCCAGAAUAUAAUCUCUGCUGGUUAUCAUAUUUGCUCAUCUCCAGAAGAAGUCCAAUGCAGAGCAGCUCUUUACCCAGAACUUUCCAUGUCACAGUUGGGACAAGCAGUGACUUGCAAUAAAGAUGUGGGUCUCAUAUGCAUCAACAAACAGCAAGGGCUUAAUCAAGAAUGUUUUGAUUAUGAGAUUAAAUUCAAAUGCUGUGGGUGUCCUAGAACUUCAUCUACCACAGUUACAACUACAACUCACGUACCUACAACUACUCCUACAACCACAACACCUACUACAACUGAAACUACAAGUACAACUCAGCCACCUACAACAACUCCUACAACCACAACACCUACUACAACUGAAACUAAAAGUACAACUCAUCUGCCUACAACAACUUCUACAACCACAACACCUACAACAAUGACAACUCAGCCAACUACAACUUGCCCUGGAGGACAUAACGUUGUAUGUGAUUGGUCAGAUUGGAUCAAUCUGGGAAGUCCUACACCAGGACCUGAUGGUGGACAAAAUGACACCAUCCAGAAUAUAAUCUCUGCGGGUUAUCAUAUUUGCUCAUCUCCAGAAGAAGUCCAAUGCAGAGCAGCUCUUUACCCAGAACUUUCCAUGUCACAGUUGGGACAAGCUGUGACUUGCAAUAAAGAUGUGGGUCUCAUAUGCAUCAACAAACAGCAAGGGCUUAAUCAAGAAUGUUUUGAUUAUGAGAUUAAAUUCAAAUGCUGUGGGUGUCCUAGAACUUCAUCUACCACAGUUACAACUACAACUCACGUACCUACAACUACUCCUAUAACCACAACACCUACUACAACUGAACCUACAAGUACAACUCAUCUGCCUACAACAACUGCUACAACCACAACACCUACAACUACAACAACUCAGCCACCUACAACAACUGCUUCAACUACAACACCUACAACAACACCAACUGAGCCAGUUACAACAACUUCUACAACCACAACACCUACAACAACAACAACUCAGCCACCUUCAACAACUGCUACAACUACACGACCUACAACAACAAUGACAGCUCAGCCAACUACAAUUUGCCCUGGAGGACAUGACGUCGUAUGUGAUUGGUCAAACUGGAUCAAUCUGGGAAGUCCUACACCAGGACCUGAUGGUGGACAAAAUGACACCAUCCAGAAUAUAAUCUCUGCUGGUUAUCAUAUUUGCUCAUCUCCAGAAGAAGUCCAAUGCAGAGCAGUUCUUUACCCAGAACUUUCCAUGUCACAGGUGGGACAAGCUGUGAUUUGCAAUAAAGAUGUGGGUCUCGUAUGCAUCAACAAACAGCAAGGGCUUAAUCAAGAAUGUUUUGAUUAUGAGAUUAAAUUCAAAUGCUGUGGGUGUCCUACAACUUCAUCUACCACAGUUACAACUACAACUCCGACAACCACAACACCUACUACAAUUGAACCUACAAGUACAACUCAUCUACCUACAACUGCUACAACCACAACACCUACAACAACUACAACUCAGCCACCUACAACAACUGCUACAACUACAACACCUACAACAACAACAACAACUGAGCCAGUUACAACAACUGCUACAACUACAACACCUACAACAACAAUGACAACUCAGCCAACUACAACUUGCCCUGGAGGACAUGAUGUCGUAUGUGAUUGGUCAAAUUGGAUCAAUCUGGGAAGUCCUACACCAGGACCUGAUGGUGGACAAAAUGACACCAUCCAGAAUAUAAUCUCUGCUGGUUAUCGUAUUUGCUCAUCUCCAGAAGAAGUCCAAUGCAGAGCAGCUCUUUACCCAGAACUUUCCAUGUCACAGUUGGGACAAGCUGUGACUUGCAAUAAAGAUGUGGGUCUCAUAUGCAUCAACAAACAGCAAGGGCUUAAUCAAGAAUGUUUUGAUUAUGAGAUUAAAUUCAAAUGCUGUGGGUGUCCUAGAACUUCAUCUACCACAGUUACAACUACAACUCACAUACCUACAACUACUCCUACAACCACAACACCUACUACAACUGAACCUACAAGUACAACUCAUCUGCCUACAACAACUGCUACAACCACAACACCUACAACUACAACAACUCAGCCACCUACAACAACUGCUUCAACUACAACACCUACAACAACACCAACUGAGCCAGUUACAACAACUUCUACAACCACAACACCUACAACAACAACAACUCAGCCACCUUCAACAACUGCUACAACUACACGACCUACAACAACAAUGACAGCUCAGCCAACUACAAUUUGCCCUGGAGGACAUGAUGUCGUAUGUGAUUGGUCAAACUGGAUCAAUCUGGGAAGUCCUACACCAGGACCUGAUGGUGGACAAAAUGACACCAUCCAGAAUAUAAUCUCUGCUGGUUAUCAUAUUUGCUCAUCUCCAGAAGAAGUCCAAUGCAGAGCAGUUCUUUACCCAGAACUUUCCAUGUCACAGGUGGGACAAGCUGUGAUUUGCAAUAAAGAUGUGGGUCUCGUAUGCAUCAACAAACAGCAAGGGCUUCAGCAGAAGUGUUUUGAUUAUGAGAUUAGAUUUAAAUGCUGUGGGUGUCCUACAACUCAUGUACCUACAACAACUCCUACAACCACAACACCUAGUACAACUGAAACUACAACUACAACUCAUCUGCCUUCAACAACAACUGCUAUAUCAUCUACAAAUCCAGCUACCACAUCUGAGUUAAAUCCAGUGACAGGGGGAACCUCUACACCAGUCACUAAGCCUCUUAUCUGCCAUUGCCUUCACAAUGGUACAACCUUCCAUCCAGGAUCUGUAGUCUACACUGAGACAGUCAGUGAUGGCUACUGCCAGACAGGGUACUGCAAUGAGACAUGCCACGUAGUGGUUAAACGACAUGUUUGUGAGUGUGUUGGUGUACAUCCACCAAGAAAGGAUGGUGAAAGUUGGAUGGUAUCUAACUGUACUACCGGAACAUGUACUAAUGGCACAGUAAACUAUACCAACACACCUUGUCCACCUUUAAAGCCUGUAGUGUGUGCAAAUAACUUCCCUGCCAUUAAAGUGACAGAUCCUAAUGAUUGUUGCCCCCACUACGAGUGCCAAUGUAUCUGCUAUGGUUGGGGAGACCCACAUUAUGUCACCUUCGAUGGAACCUACUAUGGGUUUCAAGGAAACUGUUCCUACUGGUUGGUGAAAGAGAUCUUGCCCAAGUAUAACUUCAAUGUGAUGAUCAAUAACUCCUACUGCGGUGCAGCUGAUGGACUGUCCUGUCCUCAGUCUAUUACUGUCUUCUACGAUAGCUUCAAGAUCUUUAUUACACAGAAGGAUAUCAAUGGGAUUUUUACAAAUCAGGUUUUGGUGAAUAACAAGCCUAUAAAUCCUGCAUACCAGUAUGGUGACUUUAGAGUAACUACCACUGGUAUUGAUACAGUGCUCGUCAUCGGAGCAAUCCAGGCUAAGAUCACUUUCUCAGGGCUCAUAUUCAGCAUCUACCUGCCCUAUAAUUUAUUUGCUGGCAACACAGAGGGACAAUGUGGCACAUGUGACAACAACCGGACAGAUGAUUGUAGAUUGCCUGAUGGUAAAAUUGAUCCUUCAUGUCCUAAUAUGGCACGCCAGUGGCAUACAAAUGAUAGUUCCUGUGACCAACCAUCUCCCCCGCCAACAACACCUGCGCCUGAUACCUGCAAUGCAACCCUCUGUAAUAUCAUCAAGAGCAGUGUGUUUGAAGCUUGCCAUAACAUCAUUAACUACAACCCAUUUGUUACGGGCUGUGAGUUUGACAUGUGCCACUCGCGCAUUAGUCGGACUGGCUGUACAAGCCUACAAGCCUAUGCUGAUGCCUGUGCUGAGGCUGGAGUGUGCAUUGAGUGGAGGAAUGCCACCAAAGGACUCUGUGAAUAUUCAUGCCCAAGUCCCAAAGCGUAUCAGGCCUGUGGACCACUUGUGGAACCUACCUGUGAUCUUUGGUACAACCAGAAAUUCAUCUAUGCCGUAAAUGUGUUCACUGCCAUGACAAAUGUGACAACAGAGGGUUGCUUCUGCCCAAAUGGCACCAUCCUACUCUCUUCUGGCUCAUAUGAAUGUGUGCCGACCUGUGAAAUCUGUCGUCUGGCAAAUGGAAAAUGGGCAAAGGCCAAUACAACAUGGAUAGAAGGCUGUAAGGAAUGUACAUGUGAGGAAGACACACUGCAGGUUUCCUGCAGUCCUAUAUCCUGUCCAACACAGCAAACCCCCAGCUGUGACCAAGAGGGUCAGAUCAAGGUUAAGGUCAAUUACACCGAUGGUUGCUGUCUGAUGGAGAAGUGUGUGUGUGAUGUGACACAGUGCUCUGGUUCAGUACCAUCCUGCCCUGUUGGUUAUGCUCUGAAAACCACAAUGGGAGCCUGCUGUGUCAACUACUCCUGUGUUCCAAAACCAGACGUGUGUGUAUUUAACAACCAAGAAUAUCAGGUUGGAGACCUGGUGCCCAUGAAGCCAUGUGAGAAGUGCAUUUGUAGUAACCAGACCGAUGCCAGCAGCCACCUGCACAUAGUAGAAUGCUAUUCUAUCCCAUGUGACACCAACUGUCCUCUGGGUUAUGAGUACCAAAACAACUCUGGCCAUUGCUGCGGGAACUGUGUGCAAACAAGCUGCAUUAUUACACUGCCAAACAACGUAACACAGACAUUAAAGCCUGGCAAUAUUUGGACUCCUGAUGGGAACGGCUGUGUGACGUUUGAGUGUCUGCACAUUGCUAACCAGUACAUCACCAUUGAGGCAAAGACGAUAUGUCCACCCUACGACAUCAACAACUGCAUACCGGGAACGGAGACCAUCGCUCCGGGCGGAUGCUGCCCUAUCUGUAUUCCUAAGAACAAUCCCUGCAAUGUGACCACAACUCCUGUAUAUGUGGAAAACCAAGGCUGCAAGUCCGGACAGCUGGUUAACAUUACAUCUUGCAGUGGAGCAUGUGGUACCUCCACUUUCUACUCUGCGGAAAUGAGCUCUCUGCAGCACACCUGUUCCUGCUGCCAGGAGCUGGCUACGUCUGAACGGCAGAUCCAGCUUUCCUGCCCUGACAACACUGAGGUCACCUACACUUACACCCACAUCGAUGCUUGUGGUUGUCUCAAAACGGAGUGCUCUGCACCUGGCAACGGUGCAAUGACUUCCCCCGCCAGCAGCAAGCCACAUCGACGCAAGAGAUAAAGGAAAAAACGGAGCUAACGUACCCAUUGGUCACCUGUAAAAAGCAUGGAUUUCUGGGACCAUUUCAUUUCUUUUCUUUAUUUAUUUAGCUGCAACAGUGCAUAUUAAUGAACAAACAAUUUCAUAAAGAUUACACAAGGUUGCUAUAAAUAAGCCGGAUUUAAACAAAGCUAAUUUGGGUUAAACCUACCCUAGGGUGCUAUUAUUUUAGUAAAGUGCUUUCUACACAGACUCUGUCAUAAUGUGCUUAUAGUUAAAGUGCCUGUUUUCAAAGUGCCUGAUUUUCUCAAUGUUCUCAAAGCUUGAUUGUUAAUCAUUCAGUGGCUAUAAUUUAACCUGUCUUUUCAUCUGAAUACAUGUUUCCAUAUUUAUUUGUAGUAGUACUUCAUUUUAGAUAAGACUGUAAACCCACCAAGUUCACCAUAAUAAAGAGCAUACUGUCA